UCCUCAGCCCCUGUCGGCUUUCCCCAGCUCUGAGGCUAUGUCUACACGGCACACCUUAAAACUCCUCUGAAACCUCUUUUUCACAGGUGGUUAAGGUGGAGCCCUUCCUUCCUGUCUAGAACCCAUAAACAACCAGACUGGGUGCUUUUCUAACCCAUCUGUUCUGGGAAAUAGUUCAGGGCAGGUCUGUAGCCUGUGUGAUGCAGGGGGUCAGACUGGAGGAGCACAAUGGUCCCUGCUGGCCUUGGAAUCUCUUAAAAUAACAUCUGGAGCAGAACAGAGAGCCAGGGUGGGGCUGGGGGGAGGGGCUGGGUCCUAGCAGAUCUCGGCUUGGACAAAGCAGCUCCACCCCAGCCCAGGCAUCCUUUGUAACCUCACACCCCGGCUCGGCUCGGCUCGCUGUCCGGGGGAGAGUCUCUGGCGCGGGGAAUCGCCCCAGGAGCAGCAGUUCAGAAGAAAGAGCUAAUUCCCACGCUCUCUCCCAGCCCUGUUCCCAGCUGCCUGGCUGAGCCCUGCACCACAAUCAACUCUGCUUCCCACCCAGGCCCUGUGCCGGAGAAUCGGCAGCUCCCGGACCAGCCCCAGUAGGAAGCCUCCGGUGUAUUUCUGCAGGGGGGCUCCUGCCUCAGUUUCCCCAGCAGGGCUGCCUCACCGCACAGGGGAGCCUGGAUUUCUGAGAGCAGCGACAGAUGGGCCAAUAUUGGCGUUGGCGCUCAGCCUGAAGAAGCCAGCUGGUGCCCAGAUGGGGAAAUUGAGGCACAGAGGCGGACAGGCUGCAUCCGAGGUGCACAGAGGGUGUGUGGCAGAACAAGGAUUCGAACCCAGGACUCCAGAGUCCCAGUCAUUAAUCACUAGGCACCGUUCCCUGCCGUCCAGGGCAGCCACGAAGACUUUCCUCAUCCAUUGGCUGCACUUUCCCAUUCUGUUCAUAGGAAAAGUGCAGUCGGCACCAGACGUGGUAGCUCAUUUCGGGGGGGACGUCACCCUGAGCUGCCUUUUCCCGUCCCGUCCCGGGAUGAACCUCCAGCGUCUGACCCUCACCUGGCAGAAGGAGCGGGCCGGGGCAGAGGCCCUGGUGGUUCAUAGUUAUUAUUAUGGGAGGGACCAGCUGGAGAAACAGGAUGAGGCUUAUAGGAACCGGACCCGGCUGGAUCCAAAGGGACUGGCCUGGGGGAAUGCGUCCCUGACACUGAGGGACGUCCGCAUGCAGGACGAGGGCGUCUAUCUCUGCCACGUCACCUCGGAGCUGGGCAGGACGUCUGAACCCAGGGAGCUGAGAGUUGGAGCCACGUUCAGCGAGCCCCAGCUGACCUUCAACCUCUCCAGUGCCGGGGUCACGCUGACCGUCCACACAGGGGGCGGGUACCCCGCGGCCACGGUGCGGUGGCUGGACGAGGCGGGCAGGGACGUCACAGCAGAGGGCGCCACGGAGCAGCAGGUGGAUGAACAGGGGCUCUACCACGUCACCAGCUGGGUCACGGUGCUGCCUGCGACCCACAGCGCCAGGCUGACCUUCGUGUUAACCCCUCGUGUGCUGGGGGCACCAAUCACCCGGCCACUGAGCCUGCAGCUGAGCCCAGGACUCCUGGAUCCCCCGGCCUCCUGCCUUGGGGUCCGCCUGGCUGUCAUCUGUGCCGCCUGCCUCUUCAUCCUCCUGCUGGCUGUUGCGUUUCUCCACCAUCUCCACCAGGGCCCGGCCGGAUCCCGCCCCUGGAGGAAGGUUGAGGAGGAGGAGGAGCAGAAAGAGAUCUCUUGCCCAAUCCCAGCCAGCCCCAGCUCAGAACAAGCCGGGGCUGUGUCCUAGGGGAUCGGCUGGGGCAGAGCUAGAUCUAGCACCACCCGGGCACUGCCAUCUCCUGGCAACUGAGCCCCAGAGGACCUAGGAUAACCCCUGCUGCCCCGGCUCUACCAUCCGGCCAUGCCCCUCCACCUGCUGCCCUUGACCUUGGCCAAGAGCUGGGGGACCCACAUCCUCUAGCAGCAUCACCGCAGGGUCUCCGGCCUUCAUCCUCUGCCCUAAGAAUCACACUCCAUCCACGGCCCCCAACGUGACGCGCCCUCCCCCUGGCAACACCCCUCCUGGGAACGGAGAGGCAGCUGCAGCCCCUGCCCCAGGCAUGAGAUGAGUGAAUGAGCCCAGCAGGGCCGCAGCAGAACCGCCGCACUAGCCAGCCCGCGGGUUGGCGCACAGGGGCCAGGGUUCUGCGUGUCAGCCCAGCGGCAGGUCCCUGGCUGCCCAGUGCUUAGGCCUGCAGCUGUGCUCGCUCCUCUGCCUGCCUUGGUCCUGUCCGGCUCCCGCCCUGCUCUCGUGCCCGGCUUCUGACCCCUGGCUCCGGUUAUUGGCUCGGCUUCAGCUUUUAAUCUUGGCAGAUUCCUAGUUGCAGCUUUGGCCUACGGCUGUGGCUUGGACCUGGCUCUAACCACUAGGUCAGACGGCCCAUGUCCCGCCCCUGACACCGGGUGUUACUCUCCAGACUAACCGCAGCCGGCACCGGUGUAAUCUCUUCUCUAGCUGUCCCUCGUUGGCCCCCUCCCCCGCACAUACUGCGCCUUCUUCGUCAGCCGUCCCCGUCUGUGCUGCAUUCUCCUCCUGGGACGGGCUCACCCGCUGUCCUCUUGUCUUGCAUCGUGUGCAGGUUCCUAUACCGCCCUCAUCACCGCAUAGCUGAGCGCCUGCCAGGUCGGGCACUAAGCACCGCGAUUACGCCUCUGUCACGUGCUCUUUGUUCUCUCAGCCUCUCCCCAGACGGAGAAAUGAGUGCACUGGAGGCUCUUGUUUUGGGCUAGUGGAUAGGCUGGGCCUAGGCCAUGAAGCGCUGUGAAGAUAACGACCGGUCACUAUCCUGCGGGAAGCCAGCGUGGAGAGCGGAGCAGAGGUGGGAUGUGCUCGCGGCAGCUUGCCCAGCUGAGGAGACGCGCUACAGCGUUUGGUACUCGUCGGAGUCCCUGCGUGCCGGAGGCUUCCCGCCUGGGCCCAUCGUGCUGCUGUUGUCUAGCCGGGAGGUGCCAAAAGCGCGAAGCUCAGGUCGUCACCCGCCAGGAUGGACGGAGUCUCCUAGCCAGCCGGAGAUGGCAGAAAGCGCCACGUGCGACCCAGCGUCAACGAGGAAUCCCGGGGCGCUCCUGGCCUAUGGGCCGGACUGGCCGGUGUGGGACGUGAACCUUCAAUCAAAGGCGGUUGCUCCCGGCUGCGAAUGUCCCCGAGUGCUCUCCUCUGCCCGCCUUGCUCGGAGCCCGUCUUAAAAAGUGAUCUCGCCUGGCACGGGGCCAUCAGGGGGGUGAGGCUGUGGGCGGGUGUGGUGAAGGACAGGUCGAGCUGGGAGUCACCUGCUGGUUGCUGGCGCUUGAGUCUGUGGUGUCUGACCAGAUCCCCCAGUAGCUGCAUGGUGUCGAAACGGACCAGAGAGAGAACUGAUCCUGGUGGAACCGCUCUAGCCAGCGGUCUGGGGCAGAGGAGCCGUUCCCCAUCGCUACUCACUGGGCGUGUCCGUUGAGCAAUGGUGCAAACAGAAAUAAUUUCUUGCUGGUACGCUGCACUCAUGGGAGGGACACAAGGGGGGGGGCACGUGACCUCUGCACGUGACUCCUCCCUGCCCUGCCCCCAGCCUGGGGCCCUGGCGCUCUCCCUGUCCCUUCCCCAUGAUCCAUGUUACCUGGGGGGCGGAGGGUGCCUCUGUUCUCCUCCUGCUGCGCCGGAGACUUCUGCUGUACAGACCCCAGGCUGGAGGACUCAGGAGACACAGCUGUGUGGAAGGGCUGAGGGCGGUACAGCCGCGCCAGAGAAGCUGCUGGCGUGGGGCUGCCCUGCUCCUUUCACCACUGCGGGUCCCGGGAGAGCCUUGAACUGUAGGGCUCUCCUGGGAACCGCAGCGGUGAAAGGAGCAGAACGUGGGGCUGGCAGACUGCAUAGGCGCCGACUCCGUGGGUGCUCCGGGGCUGGAGCACCCAUGGGGAAAAAUUGGUGCACCCACCAG